CGUCUGACCAUACUCACGGCCGGUUCAUACUGAUGAUCAUAGGCCCGAGGCGCAGCAGCUACCACCACCACCUCAGCCGCCGCCGUAGCCACGUCGCCCGUUAAAUUUUUUGAAAAAAAAAACCGAAGCGGACCGGCCCGAGCGUUGCCGUUGUAAUAUUAUUGUUAAUACCUCGCAAUAACAUAAUAAUAUUAUAUCGUCCAACGGCGGCCGUCCGGUUCUGAGUUCUUUCGUCGUUUCGCCACCGAGUAUAGUUUUUUUCACGUUUUUCUUUUUCUCGCAAUCGUUUUUGCGGGCCCACCUGCACCACCCGUGAGAAUCGUUAACGACGACGGCUGGACUCUCCGACGGUUGGUGUUGUCGCCCGACGAAACGAUGUGUCGUUCGCCGGUCAUCGGUUUGUGUGGAAGCAGCAGCAGCAGCAGCAGCAGCAGCAGCAGCAGCAGUUGACGUUGUAAACAUUUAUACUACCUACUCAUAUACAUUAUUGUCAGUAAAUAACAAGUGUUAAAAUGAGUUCAUUCAAUGAUAGAGCACCAAUCCAAGAAGUCCCAUCACCAAUAACACAUUUAGCUAAUUGUCUAGGAACAUCACUAACAGUCAGACGCAAACUAACAUUAUCUGAACCUAGUGAAACUCCAAAAAAAUGUUAUGAUAACAUACUCCACGAUCAUGAUUUCAACAGCUCAUCGAAUACCAGAUUAUUUAAAGGAAGUUCAAAAAAUAUUAAUGAAAGUCCAACAUUCAAAUGUUGUUUGAUGCUUCAAAAAAUGAUAAACAGUCCAGUUGAGAAAGAAAACACAACUAAAUGUAUGGAUACGAUGGUCUCUAAAUCAAUUUUAUCACCAUCCCAAUCAAGUCCAACUUUCUUGAUGCACGGUCGUAAUACAAGAGGUCGUCACCCAUUAGAAGAUCAUGAUCCUAAUUCCCAAGACAGUGGGUUUUUUUCAGUGCUCUCUGAAGAUUCUAGAUCAUUAAACAGAUUUGAACCCAAAAUUGUGAUUGAAAAGAAAAAUUCAUCAUUAAAUGUUCCUCGAUCAGAUUUAGUUGUUUGUCACAAAGGAAUCCCAGAAAUAGAUGAUCCAUUUUUAGACAAUGUUAAUUCUCCAGCAAGAUUGUCUCAAGAUUCACUUCCUUGUGAAUUUAAUACUUUGAUCGAUGGAGAUAUUCGUGCCUUUCAAUCACCAAUAAUUAAACCUAUUGUCAAACGGAGAAAUUCUAAAUAUGAUUCAGAGACACCUCGAAAAGUUGAUUUUGUUCUUGGAGAAAUUAAAAACACUGAUGUUGUUGUGAAAAAACGUAAAUUAUUUAAUGAAUUUGAGUGUCCUUCUGAGAAAUCAAUUGUAUCCAAACGGUUAAAGCCCAAUGUAGAUCUUUCAAUGUCAUUUAAUUCUCCAAGAUUAGACACUGGAAAUACUUCUUUAACUGCUCCUGUAUCACACAAGAAAACAACACUCUUUGACUAUGGAUUUUGCAAAAAUAGUGUUUCUAAGCUUCGAAGGUCAUUUUCAACUAAUGAAGCCACAAUAAAAGCUGCAUUUGAGAAAGAGGAUAAUGCAUCAAAUUUAAUUGGUGACUUCAGUCAAUCAUUUAUAUUGCCUUUGUUAUCACUUGGUCGUCAUGCAGAUCUACGUAGCAUAUCUCCUGAUACAUUAGCUCAUUUAUUGGAGGGCUCGUUCAAUGACUGUAUCGACUCCUAUCUAAUAAUAGAUUGCAGAUAUCCUUACGAGUAUGAAGGUGGUCAUAUAAGAGGCGCAAUCAACAUAUUUACUAAAGAGCAACUCUUUAAAGAUUAUACUGAUGACAAGUUGGGUAAAAAAUCUCACAAAACUGAUAAAAUUAAUGCGAAGAGAAAUGUUUUGAUAUUUCACUGUGAAUUUUCAUCAGAAAGAGGCCCAAGUUUGUCACGGUAUUUACGUAAUGCUGAUAGGCAAAAGAACAGUAUGUGCUAUCCUUACUUGGACUAUCCAGAAAUGUAUUUGCUUGAUGGUGGAUACUGUAAAUUUUACAGUCAACACAGUAAUUUGUGUGUGCCGUCUAGCUAUCGGUCAAUGUAUGAUCCUGCCCAUACAUCAGAAUUAAGAAAGUUCAGGUCCAAAGCAAAAACAUGGGCUUGUCACAAUGAUGCAGCGCCACGAUUAGCUGGAAAAAACACGCUCAAACGAUUGGGUUUUAAUUAA